UUUAAAGAGAUGAACGUUACUUAGAUGAUUGUUUCCUCCUAAUUCAAACAGGUAGGACCCAACCACCAGCUGAAAAAGAAGAAACCCCAGGCGACUUUUUCUAUAACGUACGCCUCUUUUCAUUUGAAUUUCAAAUUUUUGAGUAAUUGGUCAGUUGCAAGUAAAGAUUUUGUAACGAAACCCCUUACCUUGAUCUACUUUAUUGCUUCUGGGUCGUUUUCUUCUCUGUGUUUUCGUCUUCUUGAUAGACAUGGGAGAAUCGACAUGUCUCAUGCAUUCUCUACCUGAACCCAACAACCAUGGGAACCAUGUACAUGUUCUUGGAGAUUCAGUCUCUUUUGGGAGGUUCACAUCAGAGUCAUUAGCUUGGGAAAAAUGGUCAACAUUUUCUCAUAAACGGUAUGUUGAAGAAGCCAAGAGUUAUGCCCAACCUGGAUCAGUUGCCCAAAAGAAAGCUUUCUUUGAAGCUCAUUACAAGAAAGUGGCUGCUCAAAAAGCUGCUGCAGCCGCUGCUGCAUUGCUUGAGCAAGAAAAAAACGCCAUCGCCACCACCACCACCACCAGCCCCAAGUCCUAUGAUGAUUCACAAACAUCGUUGUUGAACAUUCAUAUACCACAACCACCAUUGUUGAAUACACAGAAAAUUGUCAACGAAGAACAACCUCUCAAUCUUGUUGAAUCGGGAACUGAAAAGAUUGUAGUAGAUGUGGGUUUGAAGAAGAAAGAUUUGGUAAAGAAGAUUGAGAAUCUUGAAGAUCAUGUUUCUGUUUCUGAGGAUAGUAGAACAUCUCAAAUGGACAGACCUUUGUUGAAGUCAAAGUCGCACACAGAGCAGGAGGUUUUACAACCAAGAAUGAGGAGAAAACCAGCUACACCUACUUUCAGGUCAACAUUAGUCAACAAGAAACAAGCUAAAAUCCCACCUUCACCAUCAAAGUAUGUUGCUUUUAUGAAUCCCAGAAAAGAAAACAACAUCAUCACUCCAAAAUCCAAAAAUUCUAUUUCCACUACAAUGGAUUCUGUAGAUAAAAAGAGAAUAGCUCCAAGAUCUUUAUACACGUUAAUGAAUUCUGGUUCUGUUAAAGAAUCACAAUCAUGCAAAUUAAACUCUCAAAAUGUUCAAAAGAUUGAAACCAAAAAACCUGUUCCUAGUGCUCAUUCCACACCCAAACGCUACCCAACACCUACAAGGACUCCUUCUAAGGUUAAAAGUGGGGUGAAUAAGCAACCUUUGGCAACACCUUCAGUAAAAAGAAGGGUGGAAACACAAACGCCUUCAGCUGUUGGAAGCAAAACUCCGAGUCAAAAAUGGCACAUUUUCUCAGCUGUUUCAAAGUCACUGAGUGCUUAUAGAAACAAGUUGCAAUCACCAACUGUAUCUUCUCCUUUCACUUUGAGAACAGAGGAAAGAGCUGCACGAAGAAAACAGAAGCUUGAAGAGAAGUUUAAUGAAAAAGAAGCGCAGAAAGUGCAGCUGCAAACAUCAUUAAAGGAGAAAGCAGAGACAGAAUUUAGAAGACUUCGUCAAACUUUCUGCUUUAAAGCUCGGCCGUUACCCAGUUUUUAUAAUGAGAGAGAAACACCAAAGAGCAUGAUCAAAAGGACUCCACAAGCACUAGGGAAUUUGAAUUUGAGGUCGGUAAAUGUAGUAACGCCUACAAGAAAACCUCCGACAACAACAAUACCGUGUUCCAUCAAGAAAUCUUCUAGAAGACUUUGGAAAAAUAACAAUGAUCAAAAUCCGAUUAAUCAUCCUUUAUCUGAAUUAGCAAGAAGGAUUAGCCAUGAAAAUAUGUCUCCAAAUAUUCUUCAGUAAUUUUAGUUUGUGCAUAUAACUUUUGCUGGUUUUAUAUGUCUGUC